AUGGCGGAGGACAUGAAAGGUAAGAUCCGGGUGUUCUGUCGUAUCAGACCUCAGACGCGUACCGAGCUGGCGAAGGGCUGCAGCUCCAUCGUGUCAUGUUUGGAUGAAUAUUCGGUCAUCUUGGAGACUCCACGAGGGCCCCGAGAGUUCCAGUUUGACAGGAUCUUCACCGAGGACACACAGGAGGACGUGUUUCAGGAGUCCAGCAGGCUCAUCCAGUCGGCGGUCGACGGCUUCAACGUCUGCAUUUUUGCGUACGGACAGACCGGCUCUGGGAAAACCUUCACCAUGGUUGGCGACAGGGAGCAGAAGAACCCCGGAAUCAUCCCCAGGACUUUCACCAGGGUGUUCGAAAUCAUCCAGGAGAACGACACCAAGUUCGAGUUCAAGGUCUCGGCCUCCAUGUUGGAGCUGUAUAACGACCGCCUGCAGGACCUCUUCGUGAGCCCGGCGGACGCGCUGUCCAAACGGAUAGAGAUCAAGAAGGAUAAGAAGGGGCUGGUGUUUGCCCACGGAGCCGAGACGAAACAGGCGGCGAGUGCGGGCGACCUUUUCGCCCUCUUCGAACUGGGUUCAGCCAACCGACAUAUCGCAGCAACCAAGAUGAACGUAGAGAGCUCUCGAUCCCACCUGAUCAUCAGCAUCAUGCUGGAGAGUCGAAACCUGGCCAACGGCAGCCUCACGUUCGGCAAGCUCAACCUGGUCGACCUGGCGGGGAGCGAGAGGGCGGCAAAGACGGGAGCCAGAGACGACCAACUCAAGGAGGCCAAUUCCAUCAACAAGUCUCUGAGCGCGCUGGGUGACGUGAUCUCGGCUCUGGCGAUGGAGCAACCUCACGUUCCCUACCGGAACAACAAGCUGACCCAGCUCAUGCAGGACUCACUAGGGGGCAACGCCAAAACCCUCAUGUUCCUCAACAUCUCCCCGUCUGACUGCAACCUGGACGAGACUCUGACCUCACUCAUAUACGCCUCUCGAGUGAAGGCCAUCACCAACCACGCUCAGAGGAACAUGGAGAGCAAAGAGAUCGCUCAGCUCAAAGAGGUGAUUCUGCGACUGAAGUCAGGACAGUCUGUGGAGGAGGAGGACGUCUGAAUUCAACUCAUUUGCUGUGUUCUAUAAGGCUGAAAGUAUGUGGACAUCCUUGCCGGUUAUUGAGC